ACCCACCCACGAACCGAAUAUUCGAGACAACACCCUACCAUGCGACGAGGAGUCGGGAUAUCAUCCUUGGAGCGUACAUCGGCCACAACAGCCUCAUACAGCACACUCUCGGACAGUCUGAGUGCGGCGAAUCUAGCGCAUCUACAAUCACAACUGCUGCUAUUCCAGACCUCAUUGAAGACGUUUGCGCUGAAACAUGGGAGCAAGAUCAAGUCAGACCCGGAGUUCCGUGGGGCGUUCUCGGCGAUGUGCAACGAGCUUGGCGUCGAUCCGUUGUCUGGAGGCAGGCGAGGGAUAUGGGAUUGGGUCGGCUUCGGCGACUGGACCUUCGCACUCGCCGUCCAAGUCGUCGAUGUCUGUCUUAGCACGCGUGAUCGUAAUGGUGGCCUGCAUGAGAUGCAAGACGUUCUCAAGGCCGUGCGGUCCCUCCGCGACCUCCCUGGAACCGCUCAACUCCCAUCCUCUAGCACUGAAACUCCCACCAACGCUGCCAAGCCGAUGGGCUCAAUCUCCGACCUCUUGAAUACCACGAUCACUGAACCAGACAUCGCUCGUGCGAUCAAAUCUCUCGAACCACUUGGAUCAGGUUAUUCAAUCAUCACCAUCGGUUCAAAGAAGUUCAUCCGCUCCGUACCGGCCGAAUUAGACAACGAUUCGCUGGUCAUCUUCGAUUCAAUCUUAUCAGCACCCCAGGCGAAAGGCUAUACCACCGAUCGGCUGCUGCAAAACUCGCAAAACUGGACGCCUGAACGGGUUAAGGAUGCAUUGAAUAAGGCGGUCAUGAGAGAUUCGAUGCUCUGGGUCGACGCUCAAGCAAGCCCCGCCGGCCAAGACCGAUAUUACGCUCCCGUCUUGUUUGACUUUGAAGAUAGCCAAUCAUCACCUCCCUGA